AUGGAUACUUCCCUCCAAUGCAUCAUCUGCCCUGGGCAGCCUCGAUUCUGUGAUAGCUCCCAUUUGUUGACCCACGUGGGCUCCAAGGCCCAUUUGUCCCAUUCAUUCAAUCUCACAGUCCGCAGCCACGAUGAGACCGAAGCCUCUGAACUUCUCGAGGAGUAUGAACUCUGGUCCAAAGAAAAUGACAUUCCCCGGCAGUUGGCUGAACGCAUGUCCAACAAACAAGCCCGCAACAAGAAGAGAAAUUCGGACGACAACAUCAACGAACCUCCAAAGAAACGUGCCAGUGACGCCUCCGUUUCAACACUUCCAGCUAAUUCAAUUUCUGAGUGCAUUGAUCCUCGCCUGACUGAUCCAUUCUUUGUCGAGCCUGAAGACACAAAGCAUGCUGUAUUUACACCAAUCAAUACCCCAAAGGGAUCGAAUACCAUUGCCAUGAGUGCACAAUCUUCCACUGGACCUUUCCUUCGCUCCGGUCGCUCUUCGAACGAUUGGCAAUCCAUGAGCACAUCACUCCUAGAGAACAGCGACUACCCUGCCCUGCCCAUGACACCAACUCAGCCCCGAAACCGACGAAAGCCUGAAGUUGCUUGGACCUCCAUUGGAGACACUUCUGAGCAUCUUGUGGAAUCUCUUCCUCACACAUCUGGUGGCGUUGUGGACAAGGCUCGUGCUGACGAAAUCGCAAGGCUGAAGGGCGUUCUCUGGCCUGGCAUGGAUAUUUUUGACUCUGCUACUCUCAAGAUGAAGCUCAAGCGCAACCAGAAGAAGGACGGUUCCUCGCUCAUGCGAAUGGAAUUGAGUUCACGGAAUGUGGCACCAGUUGAAAUGGUAUUUUCACCAUCUGGUGCCCUUCGAAAGCUCCGUGAGAUUACGGGCAAUGUUGAGUUGCACAGCCCAAUGAAAGGAGAGAGUCCGAUUCCGCGUCGUCACAUCAAAUACCCCAGAAAUCCCGCACCCAGAAAUCCCACAUUGGAACGAGCUGACCCCAACGUGCCCCGUGCCAUGGACAGGAAACGCGCGAAAAUAACUGCACAAAAAGUUGUCAAGAAUGCUUAUGAACCCUCUAAGAAAUCACGCAAACCCCCUCGUCGAUCUCAACGCCCCGUAAACCGCGUUUCAUCCUGCACCGGUGAGGAUGGUGAAAUGAGCCUUGCUGCCCACGCAUUUGGAAAGAGAUCACAGGGUGGCUUUAGCAUUUUCACAGAUGAAGAUGAUCAUAAAUACUCCACCAAGGACGAAGAGCAACACUAUGCUACAUAUCUUGAUACACUGACUCCCAAGCGUCUUGUUUUGGACGGAAAGUCAAACGCCUUUGGCAUGCAUGGCUCGAAGAUUGGGAUGGAGACAACUACACUUGACAAAGAGAAUAUUGAGCCUAUUUUGAACCCCCAUGGCCGCAUUGGUCCUCGCGACUGGCACUCCCCAUUUUCCAAGCCCACAACCAUCAACAAAGGUGACAUCUCCCCCGGAUUUUUCUUUGAUGAGUCAGUGCUUGACACAUACUAUGACUUCAACAAGAACGGAUACAAUGCAAACCCCCUGCUCGCCCCUGCUCAAGGCCCCAGCAAUGAUUCAUAUGACCAGAGCCACAUUAACCAGACCAACUGGCAAUCAAUGGGCCACCCUGUCUCAUCCGAGGAGACCAUCUCCGAGGGAGAUCAAAACGACUUCUCUCUCAUCUAUCUCCCCAACAACACUGACUAG